AAAAGCAAAACAUGAUCUUCUUCCAUUGAAGAAAGAAAAAAAAAUUAUCAGAAAAAGCUAAUAAAUAAAGUAGGAAAAAAUAAAAAAAAAAAGUAGAAUAUACCAAUAUUAAAAAAAAUGGGUGGCAUUAUAAAAGUUCUAUUAGUAUGCCUGGUUGCAGGAGCGAUGUUGGGUGUAGAAGGUGAAGAUCCUUAUUUGUUCUUCGAAUGGAAUAUCACCUAUGGUACCAUCUCUCCUUUGGGAGUUCCCCAGCAAGCAAUUCUGAUCAACAAUGAAUUUCCUGGACCCAACAUCAACUCUACGACUAACAACAAUGUUGUUGUCAAUGUCUUCAACAACAUUGACGAGCCAUUCCUUCUCACAUGGAGCGGAAUCCAACAGAGAAAAAAUUCUUGGCAAGAAGGAAUGCUCGGAACGAACUGCCCCAUCCAACCUGGAACCAAUCACACCUAUCAUUUCCAAGUCAAGGAUCAGAUUGGAAGCUUCAUCUACUACCCAAGCACAGCCAUGCACAGGGCAUCCGGUGCUUUUGGCGGUCUCCGUAUUAACAGUCGUUUGCUCAUCCCUGUCCCUUAUGCUCCACCUGAAGAUGACUACACCGUCAUUAUUAAUGACUGGUACACUAAGGACCAUAAAGCUCUAAGGAGUUUCUUGGACGAGGGACGUGUUCUGGGAAGACCUGACGGUGUUCUAAUCAACGGUAAAAAUGCCAAAGGCGAUGGUAAAGACGAACCUCUCUUCGAAAUGAAACCUGAAAAGGUGUACAAGUACAGGAUUUGCAAUGCUGGGCUUAAGGCAUCGUUAAACUUUAGAAUCCAAGGACACACAAUGAUGCUCGUAGAAAUGGAGGGAUCCCACACGGUGCAAAAUGUGUACGAGUCUCUUGAUGUUCAUGUUGGCCAAUGCUUUAGCGUGCUUGUUACAGCCGAUAAGGAACCCAAGGACUAUUACAUGGUGGCUUCCACCCGAUUCCUUAAAACAGUCUUAACUGCAAAAGGCAUUAUAAGAUAUACCAAUGGCAAGGGCCCAGCAUCACCUGAACUCCCAGAAGCUCCCGUUGGAUGGGCAUGGUCUUUGAAUCAAUUCCGUUCUUUCAGAUGGAAUCUCACAGCAAGUGCUGCCAGGCCAAAUCCUCAGGGCUCAUUCCAUUACGGAUCUAUCAACAUUACUCGCACUAUCAAAUUUAUCAGCCAAGCCACCAAGGCAGGCGGCAAGCUUCGUUACGCCGUUAAUGGUGUUUCUCACACUAAUCCUGAAACCCCACUAAAGCUUGCUGAAUAUUUUGGCAUCGCAGACAAAGUUUUCAAGUACGACACCAUUAAGGACGACCCACCAGCUAAAGUUGAAGAGGCUACCCUAGCGCCUAAUGUGAUGAACAUGACCUUCCGUGAUUUUGUGGAGAUCAUCUUUGAGAACCCUGAGAAGACUAUUCAGUCAUGGCAUUUGGAUGGUUAUUCUUUCUUCGCAGUCGCAGUAGAGCCUGGCACCUGGACUCCUGAGAAAAGGAACAACUACAAUCUUCUUGAUGCAGUGAGCAGGCACACUGUGCAAGUAUAUCCCAAAUCUUGGGCAGCCAUUCUUUUGACAUUUGAUAACGCUGGAAUGUGGAACAUAAGGUCUGAGAUAUGGGAGAAGACUUAUCUGGGCCAACAGCUUUACGCUAGCGUUCUUUCUCCUGCACGCUCUCUUAGGGACGAGUACAAUAUCCCAGACAAUGCUUUGCUCUGCGGGCUCGUGAAAGACUUGCCCAAGCCUCCACCUUACGUCAUCUAACCAGCUUAAGAUCUAAUUAUUCCAUACCUCUUUGACAGAGAAGAGUUACAAGUUGUGGAAGCAAAUUCAUAGAUGCAGUAGGUGAUUCUACAUAAUAACUGGGUUGGAGUCUGUUGCCUUAUUCAAUUGUGUUCGUCGGUAUAAACCCCUUUCAAAAUGCCAUCUCAUUUUUGUUUUCUUUUUUAAUUCUUUCAUAUUGAAAUUUACAAUAUUUCAUUUCUUGUAAUGAAACAUGUAGCCACAUUUGGAUGGAUCAGUUUUUAUUUUUAUGUAAUCUAUAAAUUUAUUAAAACUCCCUAAGACAGUGUAAAGAAUGAAGAUUUUCUUUA